GGAAACGGCAUGCACAGUCUAGGUCUGUGACCAACAUUAUCAGAAAACUUAACCUUCUGUUACCAAUCUCGGAAGCAAGCAGCUUGCUGCAUAUGGAACAACGCAGAGCUAGCCCCGUGCACGUGGGGCCCGACAAUACUGCACGACCAGCGUGCGGUGAAUGCCGUCAACGCAAGAUUCGGUGCGAUCGAAACUUACCUUGCUCCAACUGUCGUACGGCUGAUCGAGUCUGUACACCGAGUCGCGUUGGGUCACCAACCUUGAGACGUAAAGAGCCUCGGCAACGAAUUCUCAUUUCGUCUCAGUAUGAACAAAAGAUCGACCGAAUUGAGACGCGGCUAGAGAGUAUAGAAGCCCUUCUGCACGAUUCCUCUCACCAGCGAAUCUCGGUACCCGGCAGUAGUACCACGCAGUAUCGUUCUGCCCUUUUAUCGACCGCCGAUACAGGCACGACUUCCACCCCCGACUUUGGGACUCCAGACGCUGGGUCGGUGUUUGGCAGCAACUCUGUUAUUACUCAGCAAACCUCUUUUGCCAAUGAACUCAUCGAAGAUGUCAUGCAAAGUAAUUCACUACGAGACAUCGAUCCCCGAAUGUCAGAAGCCCUUGCCAAUCUUAGACAAAUAAUGGAACUCCAACGCCAAUCGCCUAUUACCUACGGGCCUCGUUUUCCUCUCCAGCAAUCAUUGCCACCAGGAGGCCUUCGCCAGCUUGAAAUGCCCCCAAUAGAUGUUGUCGUAUCUUUACUCAGGAGUAUAAAAUCGUCGACACCAGGUCUCUUCACAUUUCUAUGCUACUUCUUUGCAAUCAAGGACUUUUCAAAUCUCUGUCGCCAGGUUUAUUUCCCUACCGAGGACUUUUCUGAUGCAGUCUUUAUCAUCGUCAAUAUUGGACUAUAUUACUUGUUCCUUGAGUUACUACCUAAGGGACAUAACUCGUAUCUUCAUACGGCUCGGAUCAACUUAGAAACUGCGCUUGCAAACAUAAAUCUGUUUAUGCCUACCACGAUCGAGAACAUCCAAGCUUUAUUAUUGGGCGCUUUCUAUGCUUCUGAUGUCUGUAGGCCUUCCGUUGCUUGGCAGCUCAACACUGCUGCUGCCCUGAUGUGCCAGAUGGCUGGUUUUCAUCGAAGAAAUUCCCAUGUUAUGGAUAGUCCAGAAGAGGCCGACACAAGAGCAAUCCUGUUCUGGCAUACCUAUAUAACUGACAAAGCAAUGUCAAUUCGUCUUGGACGUGCGUCUGUGAUUCAGGACUUGGAGAUUGACAUACCGCGUUCAUUGAAUUUUCACGGAAAUUUAAGCCUGGAAAUUCGGGCUCUUACCGCUACAUGGCUUCGUGGUGCAUCAUUCCAGAGUCGUGUAUAUGAACAGUUACUCUCACCAGCAGCCUUAGCCCGCCCAGCGACUGAGAUAGCCGAGCGAGCACGGUUAUUGGCGCAUGAAUGCCAUCAGAUGGAGGUAGAGGCUAAAGAGAGCCGAGAAUUAGCUAUUGCCUCCCUCGAAAAGAUGAAAACAUCACCCUUGGUCGAUAUAUAUGUCAAGGGUGACGAAGUCCAGCUCUUAUCGACCAUGACGCUUAUAUAUCAAUCGAUCCCCGCACCGGAAGGGUCAAGAAGCCGAAUCUGCGACGAGUGUAUUAAUACGGCGCGAAGGGCGACACAUGCGCACUUGGAGUGUAUUGCAUCAUUGCAGAACGAUGCCUUUGCCAGGACGAGCUAUAUCCAUCGCAAUCUGGUUCUGACACCAUUCGCUCCUUUCUUCAUCCUCUUUUGCUACAUCAUCGAGACUCUGGCGACGGAAGACCUCGAGCUUUUGCAGGAGUUUAGCGCAUCCAUUCAGGGGUGCGACAAUGCUUCAGAGGUCACGGCGAAGCUUGCAAAGCUUUGUCGUGUGAUAAGCGACGUUGCGGCUUUGUAUGUUGAGGCCAAGUCGCAUCAGCAAGAAGAAGCCAUGGAAGACAUUGGUGGUGAGUUCGAUACCUAUCUAAGCCAACUCGGGUUUCUGCCUGUAGCAGAUCAAACAGCAGACGCCAACGUGGGAGCGGACAACAUGCCUGUACGCGCCGAAGAAGCCCAGGUGGCGGAUUGGAUGUCUGGCAGCCGGAAUUGGUUUGGAUUGUUGGAUUACGAUGUAUCACAAAUAGGCGAGUAUGAUCAGAAACCGAUGUGACGGAUUGAACAGAAUCCAUGAAGCAUAGAAGGCCGGAGUCAUGAUGUACUACCUAAGGACUAGUUCAAUUACGCACGAUCACAUCUGAUGGACAAUUCGGGAUCCCAUCCAAGAACUAUCUUCGGUUUUGAUUACUGUCGUUAUAUUUGACAAACAAUGUUCUAAUCUGCGAAACUGGUAUGACUACACUACAUAGUACCUGUCGCUAAGCUCAACCCUACGAAGCAUCUUCCUGGCUGUCUCUUGUCAAAUCAAUAUAGUCAUUCUCGUCUUGAC